AUGAGCCAACGGAUCAAGAGUGAAGAAGGACACUUGAGCCAGCGAGUCGAGAGAGAGGAAGAACACCUGAGCCAAGGAAGAGAGUCAUCCGACCGCAACGUGAAAGAGGAAUACACGGGGUCGUCACGCUAUGCCUCAGCAGCAUCAGAUAUGGACUCAGACGAGUCGUUUGGGAUGCAGCGGAUGUCGCUGGGACCGACAGGGGCAGCAAUGCUUAACAACAUGCUCGACCCGGAUAACAAUGGAAUACGAUCGACUCGAAUUCCGGCUUCACAGAAUGCAAACACGGUGGGGCCAAGCCAGUUGCAAACAUAA